AUGCGUCGCUUGAUACGCUUCUUGGAUCGAACAUGCUCUUCGCUGGACUUUAGACACUUUCGUAUCUUUCCAAAGUUACUUUCUACACCAACUUCCAUCUUCACAAUCUUCGACGAUAAGGUAGACUAUAUUGCCUUUACCAGCCCACGCACACUUCAAGACUACGACUCCCACAACCUCCUAGUCGACACAAAAACCAAGAUGGACUUUUCAACCUGGCCAUCUACAACAUGUCCUGAGGGUGCUCCACAGAUGCCCCUUGGGAUGUCUAGACGCCGACAAGUACGACAAAAAGAGCCUGUACACUGUGCAGUCAAAUCGUCUUCUUCAAAACUAUCCUACAUGCCAGGUUCAGCUACGUCAAGGCUACCUACACCCCGCCUUGCAUCGCCGUGGCAAUGGGCGUACGUUUCUUCAAAUACCAACCCGUCUCCAAGGGUACUUGCACCCAUCAACCAGGAAACUCAGGAAAUACACCCAUCUUUCUACCGCAGGUUUCCAUCCGCACUUGCCAGUGUUCCAUCUGCAACGCAGUCCACGCCAGAGAUAAGCUACCCAGAGCGCAUAGCUUCCAGACGAAAGGCUUCUCAAGUGAAGUGUGAGAAAUGGCUGGCGAUCGACAAGCCCAAUAUACCUCGGAAAGGGCUCGAGCAGCUGAGUCUGGAGUCUGAUGAAGAGGGGUGGGAGAAGGUUGAUGAUGACGAGGAUUGGGUGGUUGUCGAUAAUCCUGGAAUGGAGGAAGGGCAAUGGGCACAGUAA